GAAACCCAUCAGCCUCAAAUAAAACUCAUCAGCGCCCUCCAAACAGAGGCAGAAGGCAUCACCCCACCCACCAAAAUGAAAACACCUCUCUCUUCUUCUUCUUCUCCGGCGUCGUCGUCGUCGCUUUCUUCUUCUCUGAGAAAGACGCGUCUCUCGCCUUACCUCUUCGCCCUGCUAUCGUUCAUCGUCUUCGUCUCCAUCCUCUACGGCGAGGACCUGGUCUGCAUCUUCGGUCAACAGCGCCAACUCCGCCCGACCUCGCCUCGGCCCGGGCCGCGAACCGGUGAGUUGACUCGUCCCUCCAUCUCCUCAUCUAACGUAGAGAAGACGGAUUCCGAAACGCGGGGCGCGCGCCCCGCCGGCGGCACUAUCUAUGAGGCGGCCGUUGACGGCGUUCUUCGAUCGUCAGAACAGCGGAAGAGCGGCGCCAGCGGUGGCGAGCCGGUUAUUCCCUUCGCGAUAGGGAGGGGGGAGGAAGGGUGCGACGUGUUCAGCGGGAGGUGGGUGAGGGACGAGUCGGCUCGGCCGAGUUACGAGGAGUCGGAGUGCCCGUACAUCCAGCCGCAGCUGACGUGUCAAGAGCACGGCAGGCCGGACAAGGACUACAGGAACUGGCGCUGGCAACCUCAUUCCUGUUCUCUGCCCAGAUUCAAUGCAACGUUGAUGUUAGAGACGUUGAGAGGGAAGAGGAUGAUGUAUGUGGGUGACUCCCUAAACCGAGGGCAGUAUGUUUCGAUGAUCUGCCUCCUCCAUUCGCUCAUCCCUGAAGGUUCCAAGUCCAUGGAAACCUUUGACUCCCUCACUGUCUUCACUGCCAAGGACUACAAUGCUACGAUCGAGUUCUACUGGGCGCCAUUUCUUCUCGAAUCGAACUCAGACAAUGCCGUCAUCCACCGGGUGACUGAUAGGUUUGUACGCAAAGGCUCAAUCAACAAGCACGGGAGGCACUGGAAAGGAGUGGACAUACUGGUGUUCAACACCUAUCUUUGGUGGAUGAGCGGGGUCACCGUGAAGAUCCUGAAAGGGUCUUUUGAGGAUGAGGUCAAGGAUGUUGUGGUGAUGAGCACCGAUGAUGCUUAUAGAAUGGGAAUGAAAAGCUUGGUGAGAUGGGUGCAGAAGAAUAUGGACCCUAAGAAGACCAGAGUUUUCUUCACUAGCAUGUCACCUACUCAUGGAAAUAGCGAAGAAUGGGGUGGCGAACCGGGAGACAACUGCUACAACCAAACGACGCCGAUCAAAGAUCCAAACUACUGGGGCUCGGAUUCUCGGAAAAGCAUAAUGCAGGUGAUAAGCGAAGUGUUCAGCAAAUCGAAAGUGGCCAUCACAUUCCUGAACAUAACUCAGCUCUCGAACUAUCGAAAGGACGCUCACACGAUGAUUUACAAGAAGCAAUGGAGCCCGCUGACUCCGGAGCAGCUAGCAAACCCUGUAAGCUAUGCAGACUGUGUGCACUGGUGCUUGCCUGGCCUUCAAGAUACUUGGAACGAACUUUUAUUUGCUAAGCUAUUUUAUCCUUAAUCAAUCGAAAUUACACCUGUAAAAAUGGAUGCUGCAACAUUUCUUUGAUUCUUUUGAUAAAACGAAAAAUAGAGCGUGCAUGGAAACCAAGAACAAAAUUAGUAAA